ACUGCCCCUCCUGUGAAGCUGCAGAUAAAAGCUGCAGCUGCUGCAGAGCAGACAGGAGUGAUCAUGGAGCUGUCCACCAGCCUGAUCUUGGUGGCUCUCACCGCCGUUCUGCUCUGGCUGCUGAACCUCAGGAACAACAGGAAGCACCGCUUGCCCCCGGGCCCCCCCGCGCUGCCCCUCAUAGGAAACCUGCUGCAGCUGGACAAGUAUGCUCCCUUCAGGACUAUUGUGAAGCUCAGUCAGACCUACGGGCCUGUGAUGACCAUCUACAUGGGCUGGCAGAGGACAGUGGCUCUGGUUGGUUAUGAUGCAGUCAAGGAGGCUCUGGUGGACCAAGCAGACGACUUUGUGGGGAGAGCGCCAUUUCCGUUCAUCCACAGAGCUACCAGAGGAUACGGGAUCGGGAUCAGUAACGGGGAACGCUGGCGCCAGCUGCGGCGCUUCACUCUGAUGACUCUGCGGGACUUUGGGAUGGGACGGAAAGGGAUGGAGCAGUGGAUCCAGGAGGAGAGCCGACAUAUAAGAACGCAGAUAAACACGUACAAAGGGAAACCCUUUGACCCCACGUUUGUACUGAGCUGCACCGUAUCCAACGUGAUCUGCUGCUUGGUGUACGGAGAGCGCUUCGACUAUGGCGACAAGCAAUUCUCGGAUCUUCUUGAAAUGAUGUCUGCAAUUUUGGGCUACAACACCAGUCCAAUGGGAGGAUUGUACAACCUCUUCCCGUGGCUCAUGGAGCGUCUUCCAGGCCGUCAGCACACUGUCUUUGGCUACAUUGAGGACGUAAGAAAGUUUGCAAUAAAGAAGAUCCAAGAACACAAAGACACGCUGGACCCGAACUCUCCAAGAGACUUCAUCGAUUGCUUCCUCAUCCGCAUGGAUCAGGAGAAGAACAACCCCACAUCUGAGUUCCACUAUGAGAACCUGGUUGCUACAGUUCUGAAUCUGUUCCUGGCAGGAACAGAAACCACCAGCUCCACCAUCAGAUACGCUCUGAGUGUUCUGAUCAAACACUCCAAAAUACAGGAGAAAAUGCAGGAGGAGAUCGACACUGUGAUCGGGAGAGAACGAUGUCCCUCCAUGGAGGACAAGAAAUCCCUCCCCUUCACAGACGCCGUCAUCCAUGAGGUGCAGCGUUUCAUGGACCUGACCCCAUUCAGCCUCCCUCACUAUUCUCUGAAGGACAUUUCAUUCAGAGGUUACACCAUUCCCAAGAACAGCAUGAUUUUUCCCAUGCUGCACUCUGUGCUCAGAGAAGAUAAGCUUUGGUCAACCCCCUGGUCCUUCAACCCCCAACACUUUCUGGACCAGAAUGGAAACUUCAAGAAGAACCCUGCAUUUGUAUCGUUUUCUGCAGGGAAACGAGCCUGUGUUGGAGAGUCUCUGGCUCGAAUGGAGCUGUUUGUCUUUAUAGUGUCGCUCCUGCAAAACUUCAACUUUUCUUCCCCCAACGAUCCUGACAGCAUUAACUUGAUUCCAGAGUACAGCGGCCUUGCCAACCUCCCUCCAAGAUAUGAGCUCAUCGCCACUCCACGCUGAAGGAAGAGGUCCACCCAGGAGCAUAUCUUCAAAAUCAACAAAAAACUCUGCAUAAUUCUAAAUAAUCGCACCUGUUUAUCAGAACAGGCAAAAAACUAAAUAGAAAUAGAUUAUUUGUGCAAUAAGAUCCUUAUUUUGGCAUAGAAUGAGCUAUACUUAAUGUGGUCGGGUAUCAAUAAAAGUCUGAAAUUAAAGUAGGCAAAAUAGAUGACUGUACAUUCUUCUCAAAGUAUCUGACAAAAUCUGCCACAGGAGGGGUAUUUUACAGAAUUUCUGUUUUUGAUGUUUAACUGGUUCUUGUUGUGAGUCUGUGAGUCUAACGUAUUAAAAUAUUUAACAAUG